AAAUCCAUCGGCUCUCAACUCUCAAUCGCUCUCCAACUUCAUGUUCAAUCGAUCAAUCGGCCACCUCUCUCUAAUCGAUCCCACAUCAAUUGCUCAACUAUCUUAAUCGAUCCCAGAUCCCAAACACUCCACUCCUCUCUCAAUCGGGAAACCUAAUCGGUCUCAUCUCAUGUGAUUACAGUACAAAUUCAAGAAGAACAACAAGCUCUCAAGGAACCAAAGCAGAUUCAUUUACUGAACUGGUAGUUUGAUGAGCCAGUAUUCUUUUCCCUUUUCACCUUCAGAACACACGCUCAGAAGUCCCUGUCCACAUUUUCGCCUCUCGAAUCGCGAUAUCAGAACCCCCGCAAGUCCCCGUGGCAGUCACCUCCUUGUCCAUGUAGCCAUAUCCUCCUGCUUCCAUCCAUUUUCUUUGAUAUUAUUCCAGGAAAUCAAACAAGAAUAUUUUUAAGGUGAUUUCUGGUGGAUGCUAAGACAUGGCUAAGAUUAGAGAUCGGACUGAGGACUUUAAAGAUGCUGUCAACAGGGGGGCGUUGUCUUUGGGAUUUAACGAGGCCAAAAGGGCAGCUCUGUUGGCAUCUUUUAUCAUGCAUAAACCUCGGGAAAGAUCACAUUUCACGAAGGCUGCGUUGAAGACGCUAGAGAGCAUUGGGACUUUAGAGCAGUUCUUGAUAAAGCAUAGGAAGGAUUAUGUAGACCCUCAUCGUACCACAGCAGAGGAGAGAGACAGCAUUGAGCAUGAAGUUAGCGUAUUUGUGAAAGCCUGUAAAGAACAGAUUGACAUACUGAAAAAUAGCAUAACUGAUGAAGAAGCGAAUUCAAAGGGUUGGCUUGGCAUCAGGGGUGAUGCUAAUGCUGAUACUAUCGCGCACAAACAUGGAGUGGUUUUGAUCUUAAGUGAAAGGCUUCAUUCAGUCACAUCACAAUUUGAUCAACUCCGAGCUGUACGCUUUCAAGAUGCUAUUAAUCGAGCUAUGCCUAGGAGAAAACCAAAGCGGGCUCCUGAGAAAACUUCUAAUGAUGUCUUUCAAUCUAGCAACAGUCAGGAGACAAGGGAAGCAGCAAGUUCAGGCGAAAUUCAAGCCGAACCCAUGAAAGUCCAGCAGCAGCAGCUUUUAGAUGAUGAAACACGUGCUCUUCAGGUGGAGUUGUCAAGCCUUCUUGAUGCUGCCCGUGACACCGAAACCAAGAUGGUAGAGAUGUCGGCAUUGAAUCAUCUCAUGUCAACGCAUGUCUUGCAACAGGCUCAACAAAUAGAGUAUUUGUAUGACCAGGCGAUUGAAGCAACGAAGAAUGUAGAGAUGGGUAACAAGGAGCUGACCCAAGCCAUCCAGCGAAAUAGCAGUAGCAGAACAUUCCUUUUGCUUUUCUUAAUUGUGCUUACUUUUUCUGUUCUUUUUCUCGACUGGUACAGCUGAACUCAUUUUCAUUCGGAUUAUCAAAGGAAUUGUUGUUUUUUCUUUUU